AUGAACUGUGAAGGCGAUACCGAAGACAUCGAUUCGCUGCUGAGUCCAGUGACGAAUGAAUUGGUAUAUGCCACAUAUACCGACUUCUCGAUGACUGACUGUCAACAACUGCCGGUCAUGUUGCGACGUCCGAAUGUCACUUACGUGGGUGAUGUGUCAUUUACAGGUGAUAUAACGAUACCUGAGAAACUAUUUUCGCACACAAACGGUUUGUUGCGGUUAGUGUUUAAUGUAACAACGUCGAAUAGGGAGCUUAAAGUGCCAGCGCAACUUUUUCAACCACUAACGGAACUGAAAAAAUUGCGACUGAUCGUUGUCAGUGACUCGCCUGUAGUUUCUUUACCACUCGAACUCAUUCAUAGUCUAAAAACUAUAAAAAUACGCACGAUUUUUGUGCUUCACACUGAUAUGAGUUACUACGAACGACUGAACUCGCAACACACGUCGUUACGAAAUUUAACGAGCGCACAUUUUCGUGAUUGUCGUCGAUUGAGGAAUCUGUUUCUGGCUGGAAAUCGUCUUGGAAUGCUUAAUUCAACAAUUUUCAACACACUGCGCAAUAUGAACCAUUUGAGUUUGAGUCUGAACGAGCUGCAAAUUCUACCAGAAGAUUUGUUCGUUGCCCAGCACAAACUGGUCAUACUCGACUUGAGUAUGAAUGCCUUAACCUCACUACCCCCGCGUUUAUUCGAGCAUACGUCGUUGUUAUGGAAAUUACAGUUAGAAUAUAAUCGCUUUCACACACCUACAAAUAUCAUUGCCGCCUUACGCCCGCUACACUAUCUUUACCAAUUCGAUUUGGAAAUGAAUGCGCUGACGAGCAUUAGGGGUACCGGCAUAUACAGCAAUCGCACGCUUUUAACACGUAGCGAUAUAAGAGAGCCAGCAACGGUACCCGCGUUCUUCGACUAUGUGAAUUAUGAUAAAGGCACUUACAAUGAACGUAAACUUAAUAUUACCGUUAUUAACCUAAGUAGAAAUCGCAUAACGCACUUCAACUUGGACUGGAUUACCUGUGUUGAUGGUUUAGCUUGCCCUUACGAGAUGGAUCUAUCGUACAAUAACAUAAAAAAUAUUUACGCUGCUAGGCGGCCAUCAAGCGCUACAAGCAUGUGCGAGCGUAUAUUGAAAUUAAGUCACAAUAAUUUGCAUUGCGAUUGCAAAUUGGCUUGGUUGUAUAGCAGCGAUUUUCUGUCCGAAGAUGUUGACUGGAGUUGCGCCAUGCCGGCGCCGUUAGCGCGUAAGUCACUCAAACAGCUGCAACGCAGUCAACUCUGCUCUUGGGCGCCAUCUUUUUGUCCGGCCGGCUGCGAGUGCAGCUAUGAUACUAUAGCGCUUGUGGUGUAUUGCACGUACGCGCGUCUUGAAAGCAUUACGCAACUGCCACAUCCCGCGCAAUUUUCGCUCAACAGCAGCGCACUUUACAUCGAACACAAUAACUUUUACGAACUACCCACGAAUAUUAUCUUGGGUUAUGCGGAAGUGACACACAUCUAUGCCGCGCACAAUCGGCUAGUCGCUUUGCAGCCAACGCAUUUGCCCCGAAAUGUGACCAUGUUGGAUGUGCGCGAAAAUCAGCUUGAGCGUUUGAGUGUCGGCUUUUUGCGCGCAUACCUAAAUGAGAGCGCAACAUUGCAAACAUUAUAUCUUGGCGGCAAUCCGUGGUUGUGCGAUUGCGACUCAGAGGAACUAUUGCGUACCGUGCGCUUGCAACGCGCACGCAUACACGAUGCCGAAAGUUUGAUGUGCGCAAAUUUCGCUAAUGUGACGCUACUGGAUGCACGCUUUGAGGAGAUUUGUGAGACGCCCUUCCUGUAUACCAGGCUGGUUGCGCCACUUAUCGGCAUGUUUAGCACAUCCGUGGUUAUACUGUCGCUUGUGGCGCUCUUCUAUAAAUACAAGUUAUCGGUGAAAAUUUGGUUAUUCGCUCACAAUAUGUUUCUGUGUUGCAUCAAAGAGCACGAGUUGGAUAAGUAUAAAACAUUCGACGCUUUUAUCUCAUAUGUACAUCAAGACCAAGGAUUUGUCAACACCGUAUUGUUACGGGGUUUGGAGGAGGGACGCACCUGCUUUCGCAUUUGCACAUAUGAAUGCAAUUGGCUGGCCGGCGUCUAUAUACCCGAGCAAAUAAUGGAAUCGGUUGAACAAUCGUGUCGCACGAUUAUUGUGCUUUCGCAACACUUCAUCGAAUCGGAUUGGGGCGCAUGGAGUUUCGUACCGCGCAUCAGUGCGCUUUGA